AUGUUUAAUAUCCUCUGGAGAGUCCUGCCUGAACCAGGAUGUUCAAUAUCCACUGAAGAAAGUCCUGACAAAAUCAGGACUGGAGAGUCAUCCCUGAAUCAGGAUGACCCCGUCAACACCUUCAGGACUCCGUCAACACCCCCGUCAACACCCCCGUCAACACCUUCAGGACCCCGUCAACACCUCCAGGACCCCCGUCAACACCUUCAGGACCCCGUCAACACCUUCAGGACCCCGUCAACACCCCCGUCAACACCUUCAGGACCCCGUCAACACCCCCGUCAACACCUUCAGGACCCCAUCAACACCCCGUCAACACCUUCAGGACCCCGUCAACACCCCCGCCAACACCUUCAGGACCCCGUCAACACCCCCGUCAACACCUUUAGGACCCCGUCAAUACCCCCGUCAACACUUUCAGGACCCCGUCAACACCUUCAGGACCCCGUCAACACCCCCGUCAACACUUUCAGGACCCCGUCAACACCUUCAGGACCCCGUCAAUACCUCCAGGACCCCGUCAACACCUUCAGGACCCCGUCAACACUUUCAGGACCCCGUCAACACCCUGUCAACACCUUCAGGACCCGUCAAUACCUCCAGGACCCCGUCAACACCUUCAGGACCCCGUCAACACUUUCAGGACCCCGUCAACACCCCCGUCAACACCUUCAGGACCCCGUCAACACCCCCGUCAACACCUUCAGGACCCCGUCAACACCCCCGUCAACACCUUCAGGACCCCGUCAACACCCCCGUCAACACCUUCAGGACCCCGUCAACACCCCCGUCAACACCUUCAGGACCCCGUCAACACCCCCGUCAACACUUUCAGGACCCCGUCAACACCCCGUCAACACCUUUAGGACCCCGUCAACACUUUCAGGACCCCGUCAACACCCCGUCAACACCUUCAGGACCCGUCAAUACCUCCAGGACCCCGUCAACACCUUCAGGACCCCGUCAACACCCCGUCAACACCUUCAGGACCCGUCAAUACCUCCAGGACCCCGUCAACACCUUCAGGACCCCGUCAACACCCACGUCAACACCUGCAAGACCCCCCCCUUCCCCACCAAGUCCCCAACUUCUUCAUAA